AAAACCGUGAGCAAUUCCAAUAUCUCUUUCUCUAAUUUCCUAUAAAUAGAGAACCUUUUCAAUCCCAAUGUCAUCCACAUAAGAAAACAAAAAUCACUGAAAGACAAAACAGGAAUAUAAAAAUGAAAAACUUUGCAUUACUGAGUUUUCUUUUCAUUGUCAUCGUCUCUUCUGAGGUACGUUUCUGCAGAGCCGACGUCUCACCGGAUGCCGUCCUUGACACCGACGGAAAGAAGCUCCGAUCAAGCGAUCAAUACUACAUCCUCUCAGUUUACAGCAGAAACAGCGGCGGAUUAAGCAUAGGCAGUAUCCAACAAGGAAAAGAAAAAUGUCCAAUCAACAUCCUCCCAGAAUCUUACGAAUAUUUACACGGUCUUGCGGCGACAUUUUUCCCCAUAAACCCUAAAAAAGGUGUGGUCCGAGUUUCCACUGAUUUGAACAUCCAAUUCGAGGCGAGCACGAGAUGCGGCGAAUCGACGGUAUGGAAAAUAGGCAAAUUCGAUCAAUAUUUGAAGCAGUAUUUUGUGACGAUCGGCGGAGUGAAAGGGAAUCCAGGGCGGGAGACUGUGGGAAAUUGGUUCAAAAUUGAGAAGUAUGGCAAUAAUUACAAGUUGGUGCAUUGUCCAACAGUGUGUAAGUACUGCAAAGUAAUCUGCAAAGAUGUGGGAAUAUUUUACAAGAACGGAAAGAGGGUUCUUGCCUUGAAUGAUUCUCCAUUCCCUGUUAUGUUCAAGAAAGUUUGAAUUUGAAGCUGAUGAUGUGAUUGGAGGGAAAUUAAGAACUCCAAAUUUUCCUCUCUCUAUUAUAUCCAAUGUAACAAUAAAUAAAUUGUUGAAAUACUGUCUAUCGAAGUAAAAGAUCGGUUAUUUUAUGAUUAAAAUAUGGAAGUCAAUAAUAACAAAUUUGUAUUUGAAUAAAUAGAUUCAUCCCGGACAGCACCUAUUUUGUACUU